CGCCAUAUAUUGUCCCGGUUUGGAAUACGGUGUUAUAAGACGUUGAUAUCUGCUUGGAUAGAUCGUCGUUGUAACUCAUGGCAAAAAAUCUAGUAGAAAACGGUGGACAGAACUUUGGUAAGUCAGAGUGGAUAGAAAUGGAUGGAGCAAAUGAAUCAGGUGAUGCUAAGCAAAAUCCGUCAAGAUUUCAGGUGGACAAAGUCGAUUUUGUCAGUGAAAAAGAUAAUGAACAUAUUCUAGACGAUGCUUUAAAUUCGGACGACAACCAGGCAACUUUAGGUUCCCGAACUCAACACUCUGCCUAUUCUACAACUUAUGAUACCCACAAUGUUCGAAGUUUACGGCAUUAUACUAGAGAAGCUCUCCCUAAUGUAGACCAUUACAGAAACGUUAUGUCUCUUCAUGGACAAAUGAAUCGCCCAACAUUAGAUGAACUUCAUAACUCUACGUUGACAAUGGGCCAUGAAAAGAAUCUUUAUAAGCAUAGUAAACUUGGUGUUGAUGAUGUUGUGCCCAGUGAAGCUAUAAAGUUAGGAUGGAUCAAGGGAGUGCUGGUAAGAUGUUUACUGAACAUCUGGGGAGUAAUGCUUUUUAUACGACUUUCUUGGGUAGUUGGCCAAGCUGGUAUUGGUAAGUUAUCUCUCUUUUGAAUUUAGCAACUGAAUUUUUACUUGUAUUUGUCUUUUCUGUUAUGCUGGGUUGUCUUCUUUUUGAAAAGCCAUCAUUGAUGAAAUGAAGAUAUCUUGUUUUUUUUAUUUUCAGCAAAAAAUAGUUUUUGUCCUUUAAAAUUAUAUUUUUUCAUCAGUCACUGGAUAUAAAUCAUUGCACAGUGAAUAAUUAUUUCAUAACAGUUCCACAUUGUACACAGUUUCAUGGAUAACAUAAAUUUGCUUACCAUAACAAUACAGGGCAAGCUGUUGGAGGUGAGAGAGCAUACAUUUACAGUAUGUACUAACAGUGUACAUGUUUUGAACAGUGGCUACCAAUCAAAUUUUAAACUUCCUGGAACUGCUAUCAUGGCUAUUCUUGUACAUAAUCUACACUGUGCUGGCUAACUAAUAAUUUAGGAAUUUAAGAGUAGGGUAGAAGCUCAUAAUGAUGUUAGAUGUACAUGUACUUAUUCUGUUUAUAACAAAAUUAUUUGUCAGUCAUAUGGUAUUUACAUUAUAACUUCACUCAGUUAGCACAGGUAAUAUAAUGUAAAAUCAGCCUUUCUGAAUGAAUACAAGUUUGUUUGUUUUUUGAAAAAAUAACUAUUUGAAGGUAGUUAUGACUUAUUUUAAUACCAUUUAAGCUGAAUGUUUUAACAAUA